AUGACCCUCGUCCUCCUCCUCACGCUCGCCGUCUCUUUCGGCAUCCAAGCCUGGAUCGAAGGCGGCAUCUUCGGCGGGAUAACCAUCUUCAACAUCUUCCUCGGCUUCUUCCAAACCCUGAAAGCUGAGAAGACCAUCGAAAGUCUCAAGCCGCUGGGGAGUCCAAACGCAAGCUUCUCAACCGGCGACUCCGUGCCCGCCGACAUCCGCCUCCUGACCUCCAUCAACCUGAAAGCCGACGAAACGAUGCUGACAGGCGAAUCCCUCCCCGCACUUAAGAAUGGGAACACGACUUUGAAGGCCUGA